CUCUCUGCAUACCAAUUCCAAAGUCUCGUCAAUGGCGGCUCGAAAACUCGGUUCGUUGUUACGUCAAUACUUUUUCUCUCUAUGCUUCCUCUUCCUCGGUUGCUUCUUCUUCCCUAAAGACGCAGACCUUAAACAAAAGAGAAGGAAGAAGAAACUUAGAACAGUUUCUCCAUCUUCUGGUUCAGCUCUAUCAUCUUCUUGGACGUACUUAAAACGAGUUUUCUUAUCAACAACAAGGAUAUCUAAAUCCCGUAACCAAACACAUCCUAACGCUACUUUAACAUCCGCAAGAUCAUCUCAAAACUCACUCGUCACUCUCGUCCAACCCGAUACCACAAACCAACCCGACCCGGAAACCCAUAUUCAACAACAAACCGAAUUCGAGAUCUCGUGUGGCGAGAUUUUUCAUUGUAACUCGUGUGGCGAGAUUUUCCCCAGAAUCAAUCUCCUCGAAAACCACAUCGCGAUCAAACACGCCGUGUCGGAGCUAAUCGCCGGAGAAUCAAGCACGAACAUCGUCAAGAUCAUAUUCAAAUCUGGUUGGCCGGAACAAGGUAAUCACAAAUCUCCGGUGAUCAAUCGAAUCUUAAAAAUCCACAACAGUCAAAAGAUUCUCACCAGAUUCGAAGAGUAUCGUGAAUUCGUGAAAGCUAAAGCCGCUCGUAGCAACGGCGGUGGAAGACGGUGGGACGAUGAACGUUGCGUCGCCGACGGGAACGAGCUUUUACGAUUCUACUGCUCGACGUUUAUGUGUGAUCUAGGGCAAAACGGUAAAUCGAAUCUCUGUGGUCAUCAGUAUUGUAGCAUCUGUGGUAUCAUCGGAUCUGGAUUCUCGCCGAAGCUCGACGGAAUCGCGACGUUGGCGACGGGGUGGAGAGGACACGUGGCGGUUCCGGAGGAGGUUGAAGAAGAGUUUGGGUUUAUGAAUGUGAAACGGGCCAUGUUGGUUUGUCGGGUCGUAGCGGGUCGGGUCGGGUGUGAUUUGAUGGAUGAUGAUGACGUGGAUAAGAGUGAUGGUGGAGGGUAUGAUUCUCUGGUUGGGCAGAGUGGGAACAAGAGUGGGGCUCUUUUGAGGAUCGACGAUGAUGAGCUUUUGGUUUUUAAUCCAAGGGCUGUGCUUCCUUGUUUUGUUAUUGUGUAUACUGUGUAACCGGUUUUGUGAUCCUGUGUGUUUUGUUUAUAUUUUGUUACAAUUGUGAAGUGUGAAACGCUUAGGUUUGUUUGGGAAAAUGGUAAAAUCUUUGUGGUGAGUUUCAAUAUGAUCUAGGUACAUUUUGAGAGGUUAUGUGACUAAAGAUUUAAAAGAUAG